AUGAUUGGUUGCCCCGGAAUUCCUGAUAAUCCUUCUCUAACAAAGAUUACUAACAGCUUGACGAAUAUCAAAAAAAUGGGAAGCAGCACCAGGAUUUCACCUGGUACCAACUGCCUGCUUUGGAUGUUAGAAUCGUGCAAGGGUCACGGUUAUUAUACUUAUUCAGGAUCUCUCACCGUUUCACCGUACAACGAAUGCGUCAUUUGGAUUAUUCCAUCUACUAUAACGAAGAUAUCCGCUCGUCAGAUAGACGCAUUUAGGAAUCUUUGUGACGACAAAUGGAAAAACAUAUUGGGAAACUGUAGACAGCAACAAAAUCUCAAUAGAAGAAGGAUUUUAUUCGCUACGGAUGAUGCUGUAGCCUAAAAUAUAUUUAACUGGAAAUAGAAUUCCAUCCACGAUUUGCGGCGGUCCCCUUUCAGACGACGUGUACGAGCUAAUGGAGGUGCAUUUUCACUGGGGCGAAGAUGAUUGCAAAGGCGCUGAGCACACAAUCAACAAUACUUGGUCCAACCAGGUUGUUGCAGUUGCAUUAAUCCGCAAUUGGAAAGGAUAACGGAACACUUGAAAUACAUUUUAGAUCCAGACAUGGAAACGAACAUACCAGCUAACUGCUUAUCAUGGAUGCGCUGGGCAACGUAUUGUACUAGAUAUUAUACAUAUGCAGGAUCAUACAAUGUCGCCGAUUAUCCAGAGUGUGCUACUUGGAUUGUAUUUCCUGUAGUUAUACCCGUACGAUCCAGUGAAAUAAAAGAAUUUCGAAGGCUGAGAGACAAGGAUGGGAAUUUCAUAAAGUCAAACUGGCGAGAAAUACAAUUAUUGAAAUGUAGACAAAUCUUCUUAGCAGUUUCUUAA